AUGGUCGUCUCAAGGUCAAGAAGCCAUCUGAUUACAUACAUCCUGCUGGUUUUGAUCCCUAAUGCAGCUUCAAUUACCUUUAAUUUGCCAAAUAUCCGUCCAGAGAAUCAGAACCUGGACAUAAGAACAGAAGGCGAUGGAGCUUAUAUCUCCGACAGUGGAAUUCAGGUGACCCCAGAUGGAAUUGGUUCUAUUCGCAGUCAGAAAGCAGGCAGGGCUACAUACAUCAAACCAUUUCAUCUUUGGGACAACAGAUCAAAAGAGCUUGCAAGCUUCUCUACCAAUUUCACCUUCCAGAUUGAUUCAUAUGGGGAUUCAAUUUAUGCUGAUGGCCUCACCUUCUUCCUGGCAGAGAAUAAUUCCGUUAUAUGUCGCGGUGGUGCCAUGGGGCUUCCGGUCAACGCAACAACCAUUGUUGCCACAAACCCGUUUGUUGCAGUAGAGUUCGAUACUUAUUUUGAUGAUGGUUGGGACCCAGUAGGUGACCAUGUAGGUAUCAGUAUUAGUUCUCUUACUUCUGUUAGGCAUCAUGAUUGGCGUAGUAAUAUAACUGGUGGGGAGGUGUGUCAAGCUUGGAUAACAUAUGAUUCUGUUUCAAAAAAUCUUAGCGUUUCUUUCACUGGUUUUAAAGAUGAUAAGCCGCUUGUGUACACAGUUGAUCUCAGGAAUGAGUUGCCAGAAUGGGUUAUUUUCGGGUUUUCAGCUGCAACUGGAGAUUUAUUUGAGAAAAAUAACGUAAAAUCUUGGAGUUUCACGAGUUCUGAUUUACAGGUUGAUGAAAACAAGACAAUGUCAACAAACCCACACCCAACAGUGAGCCUGCGCCCCCACCCGAACCCGAACAUGACCUCGAACCCCAGCCAAGAUCCAGUGGAUCACAACAACAGCAUGGUGCGAUUGGUAAUUCCAUUAGUGGUUGCAGUUGCUUUGUUUGCUGUGCUUGCCUUUGUGCUAUGGAGGUGGAAGAAAAAGAAAAGUCUGAAAGAUGAAGAUAAUGAACUCGGAUUUGAUAUUGAUAUGAACUAUGAAUUCGAAAUAGGCACCGGAGCAAAAAGAUUUUCUUACCAAGAAUUAACUCAUUCGACAAGUGAAUUUUCCGAGAAUGAGAAGCUUGGUGAAGGAGGUUUUGGUGGGGUUUACAGAGGUUUCUUGAAAGAUUCCAACACGUAUAUCGCAGUGAAAAGGGUGUCAAAGAGUUCCAAACAGGGGAUCAAGGAGUAUGCAUCGGAAGUAAAGAUCAUAAGCCGAUUGAGGCACAGAAACCUUGUCCAACUCAUAGGUUGGUGCCACGAGAAAGGUGUGCUCCUCCUUGUUUAUGAGUUUAUGGAAAAUGGAAGUUUAGAUUCACAUCUCUUUAAGGCAAAAAGCUUGUUGACAUGGGGGACAAGGUAUAAAAUAGCCCGUGGGCUUGCCGCUGCUUUAAUGUAUCUACAUGAAGAAUGGGAGCAAUGUGUUUUGCAUAGAGAUAUCAAAUCGAGUAAUGUGAUGUUGGACUCAAAUUUCAAUGCUAAGCUUGGCGACUUUGGGUUAGCUAAGUUGGUGGACCACGAGAAAGGCUCACAGACAACAAUGUUGGCUGGAACCUUGGGUUACAUGGCUCCAGAAUGUGUAGUAACUGGGAAAGCAACCAAAGAAUCUGAUGUAUUCAGCUUUGGAGUUGUUGCACUGGAAAUAGCUUGUGGGCGAAAACCCAUUGAGUACUUUGUUCCGGAAAAACAAAUAAGAUUAGUACAAUGGGUUUGGGAGCUCUAUGGGAGCGGGACACUUUUGGAAGCGGUUGAUCCAGGUUUAGGGUUAGAUUUUGAGGAAGAAGAAGUAAAGCGGUUGAUGAUCCUUGGGUUAUGGUGUGUGCACCCUGACUCUGAUUUUCGUCCAUCAAUGAGACAAGCAAUUCAAGUACUAAACUCAGAAGCAUCCCUACCUAUACUCCCCUCAAAGAUGCCAGUGGCCUCUUAUGUGUCUUCGCCCAUUUCUUCUUCAUAUAGCGAUGCAUCCAUCGUCAAAACCCAAUCAUCAUGA